AUGGAUGUCUGAGUUAGAAAUAAUUAAACAAAAUCCUGGACAAAGUGUAUCUGAUUAUACCCAGAAGUUUAAGAUGUUAAUGCAGCGAGUUGAUACCACUGAAGGAUUUGGACAACAUUAUAUUGUUAGUAAAUUCGUCAGAGAAUUAUUACUCCAUUUAAUGACCAUAAUAGUCGGCCAUAGCCCUCAAACUUUAGAUGCGGCUAUCACUAAAGCUAAAGAAAUCGAAACUGGAUUUACUAUUGCUCAACCAAUCCAACAACAGCAGAUAAUGAAGAAAAUUCAAGCAAUGAUUGAUUUACCAACUCCAAAUAAUCCAAAGGAAAUGCAUAUAGUACUAGGACUCUUUUCUUAUUAUCGAUGUUUCAUUCAAAAUUUUGCCAAAAUUGCUAGACCGUUAUAUGAUCUUACAAAGAAAAUUACUGAAUGGUCAUGGACUCCUGAACACCAGAAUUCCUUCAAUGUUUUAAAAGGAAAAUGA